CUUUGCUCGUACUGUUUUCUUGCAAGAUAUCGAUUAUCUCUGGCAUCUCUCGCCAACCAUAGAGCUGUGGUCCCGUCGCCUUCGUCGUCGUGGUGGUUGCUGUCGUGAGCGUUGCGGAAAAAUUGGCGUGCCUCCGCCGUAUUGUGGGCUGGAUUUUAAGGGCUCGUGCGUGCGUCUGAUCUUUUCAGUGGUUGUUUUUCACUUCAAAAAAGGAGCAUAUCCUUUGAAGCAUAGUGUAAGAUUUCCCGUAUUCUCGAUUGCAUAUCGGGUAUAGCGUGUACGUGUGAGUCUGUGUGUGUAUGUGUGAGUAAUCUUACUGGUAGUGUGUGCUCUCGCCAAAACCAGCUUUUACGAGGCCAUUCAUCAGGAUCGAAAGUGCAAAGCUGGAUACUUCACCGUUCCCUACGCGGUCCUGCUUAUAGCAAAACUAGCUCUAGCGAGAGGGGUAGCACAGCAAAGUAAAACCCCACUUGAACCAGGUCUCAGGUCGGACGGACGAAACUCGGUGUCAGUUUUCACUUACGUUAUGUCAUUCAUGUAAAUGAAUGAACGGUUCGGAACGGGAAAAGAAAUCGAUGCCCUUGUGGAAAGUUCGGUCCGGUAGGUGUGGGCUUUAAUCCGUUGUGGGCACAGCAGCAGGAGCCAGUGUGCCCCCUCUCUCUCUCUCACGAAGCGAACAAACAAAAACAACCAAAUCCCGUGAAACGGUUCGUGCUGAAUUUGGUGGUGAUCCAAGGUUGAUUUCCAACGUGGAAUAAAUUAUUGAUUGCCCUCAGCGAGUGACAAAACGCAACCAUGCAACCCUUUUCGAACGACUACGGUGGAGGGUAUGGCGGUGGUAAUGGGUACGAGGAGCAGCAGCCCCAGCAAGAGAUCCCGAUGCGUACGCAGGGUGUCGCCCGGCCGAUGGUUGACCCGGAGGCCAUGGGCGAGGUGGACCCAACACUCUACCCGCAGGCGAAGGAAUCGACACACAAGAUCCGGGGCAAGUCGGACAUACUGGAGAUGCUGUUCGGUUCCGUCGACCAGGAGCUGCUGCCCGUGAAGACGUUCUACUUCUUCUUCUACUCCGCGUUUGGCUCACUGUUUCCGCUGAUGGGAGUGUACUUCAAGCAGAUGGGCAUGAACCCGGGUCAGUGUGGGCUGCUGAUCGGUACGCGUCCGUUCGUCGAGUUCCUGUCGGCACCGUUCUGGGGCAGUUACGCGGAUCGCUGUAAAAAGGGCAAAAUGUUGCUGCUGGCCUCGCUUGCCGCGUGGAUCAUCUUUACGCUGCCCCUCGGCUUCAUUCAACCACCGGCCACGAGCUGUAUCGAGCGCAAGAAUGCCACCGAUUUCGAGCUCCGCACGCCGCAGGUUCCGCGCAUCCUGAAGCGCUCCAUCGACGAGAGCAUGCUGGAGGAGCUGAGCUUCGGCAAGUAUGCGACCGAUAGUGGCAGUUCCUUUACCAGGGUGGAACGUGCGGCACGUCCCGUGGCAGCGGCCGGUGUAUCACCACUCGACGUAAGCUACGCGAACAACUUCAACGAGAAGCUGCACCGCGAUUGGGUCUCGCCAUUGUUUUCCUCGAUCGUUUAUCGUACAGCGGACAUUCAAAAAGCCUUCUUUCUGCUGCUGCUGCUCGUCAUCAUUGGUGAGUUCUUUAGCGCACCGGCAAUCACGCUGGCAGAUUCGGCUGUCAUCACGAUCCUCGGCGAAGACGCCGACCGGUACGGGCAUCAGCGAAUGUUCGGUUCGCUCGGCUGGGGUUUGGCGAUGUUUUUCGUCGGCAUUGCGCUAGAUCACUCGACCGCCUUCCCCGACCAUCCUUGUGGGCCGGAAAAGCAGGAAAAGAACUACACCAUCUGCUUCGCGACGUUCUCCGUGCUGAUGGGUGCGGCACUGAUUUCCGCUACACAGAUCCAGUUCAAGUAUGACUACUCGGAACCACAGGAACCCGUCCAGGUGGAGAAGGUACCCCAAGAGUUAACACACGAAGAGCAAAUGCAGGCACAGUUGGCACAGCAAUUGCAGUUGCCUUCACUGGCAGCCACCGGUACAGGGAUGGCCAGUGCUGCGCCGCCACCAGCAGCACUUGGAGCGCAGACGAAAAUGUUCGCCCAAACUACACGCGAAAUGCCGGAAUGGGUCACGGUGCUGAAACAGUUCAAGAAUCUCAAGUGUGCCUCGUUCCUGUUCGUGGCGUGGUUCAUGGGCUUCGGCAUCGGGCUCAUCUUUACGUUCCUGUUCUGGCAUCUGCAGGACUACGGUGGCUCACCGACGCUGUUCGGCGUUGCGUCUGUCAUCAACCACAUCUCGGAAAUCUUUGCCUACUUUUUCAGCUUCCGACUGAUCACCCAGAUCGGACACGUGAAGGUGCUGUGCCUUGGGCUGGUCGGUAACAUUCUUCGCUUCCUGUACAUCUCCUACCUGAAGAACCCGUGGUGGGUGCUGCCAUUCGAGUUUAUGCAAGGCAUCACUCAUGCUGCCGUAUGGGCUGCCUGCUGUUCCUACAUCGCGCACAACACCCCACAACACCUACGAUCUUCGGCACAAGGAGUACUGCAGGGACUGCAUCAUGGGCUGGGUAGAGGCUGCGGUGCCGUUAUUGGCGGUAUGUUUGUCACCUACUUCGGCACAACGGCCACCUUCCGUGGUUACGGUGUGAUCUGCAUUCUCGUACUGGCCGCCUUUGUGUUCAUCAACUUCUACCGCAAGGAUGAAGGUUUCAUCUCGGAAAUUCCUACCACGGAGGAUCCUCAUCAGGUGGCAGAAGAGACGGCUCAUCUGGCUCCGCACGGUGUCCCGAGCAAUCCCAUACCGCGGGCCCUCUCGAGCACGCGGCUCAACGAGAUUGGUCAGCAGAACGUUGACAAUGGCUAUGGCACCUAUCAGACGACUGGUGGUGCACUGGAUGUGCCCGGCGGUGCCCCCAAGAAUCCGUUCGGUGCUCCACAGGGUAAUGUGUACGGUGGAAAUCAGUACUAAAAAGUGUAACGCUUUACACACGACAGAGACCGCACACCGGCUGCGUGGCUGAUGUGGUCGAUAUGAUUGAAUUACUACACCGUAAAACGCGACAGAACGUUCGAACGACUGAAUCCGGUAGUAGAUACAAGUACUUGAGGGUGAUGAUUAAAAAAACACAAAUGGAUGUCUACAACAGCAACACUCUGCGAAUGUGAAGCGAAUGUGUAUUCCCCUAUCGGUCUCUCCCUAUCUCUCUCUUAAGAUAUUGAGCGAUCCAGAGUCUCGGAACCCAUGUACAUGUGCUCAAGCGAAGCGCCAUUCAGCCAUUCCGGCCCAAAAACCGCCGACGGCGACAAGGACGACGACGGCGGCUAGCUACUAACUACAACUAAACUAUUACUUUGAUGUGCUAUGAUGGUAAGACGUGUGCACGGUGUAAGUGGAUGAGUGACAUGAUAAGCUACACAACCAUUGUCUCGGGACUGUGGUUGUUAGUAACCUAUUCUUAUACGUCAGCAAAUGCAAAAGAAUCAGUUAAUGUCACUGUACCCGUUACAAGUAACACUCUGUUUAAGAUCCCACCCGAUAAGCGAAAAGAAAAGACAUCCUACCGCAAGCUUUCCAUUUUCCUGGAUCGUUUUCCCGCCACUACGUAGCGGGCAAUUCUUGUAGUGCUAUAGCACUCAAUUUAUUAGUACAUCCGAGCUACUGCUGUUGAUCUGUUGCUUUCUACGUGCAGCAUCGCCUCCUCCCCCCUCAAAAAGCAACAUUCGAUUGUAUUCAAAUAGCAAAUUGGAGCAAACUUUAGGAAUGCUAUUAAUACUAUCUAUCUAUCAAUCUAUCUUUCACCGCACAUCUCUGGUUGAGGAGUUCGUGCAGGUGGACAUGGUGAGUCUGUUUAAUUAUACCUUAAGUAAGCGGGACAUACGUAGUAUCCUAGCAUUGAUGUGAGUGAGUGAAGCGACAUCUACCGGUGGAAAACGUGUUAAGUAACGCGUUACUCAUGGCAGCAAAUGACAGGUAAAAUCACGUGUUAAAAUCUCUAGGGAAGCCCUCGAACACCCUGAAACAACUGUUGAACAAGGUCUAGUCUAGUGUAGUCUAGUGUGUUCCUGAGUUUAGGAACAAAUCAAAUUCUAGAGUUCACAUGUCGGAAUAGUAACGAUAGCAGGAAAUGUGCUACAAACUUAACUAUUAGAUGUGGUUGUAUUGCGCUCUCUGUCUCCCUCACAGGGGAAUCACGUUUCCCGUCACGUCUGUUGGUGUGUUUUUUGUGUAAGUGUACUGACUAAGCUGUCCGUUGCAUCUCUGUAAUGGGUGAGAGACGUAAGUGUACGAAUGGAGUGGGAAAAAAUAACAGUCAUUAAACGAUCAACAGGAGCAAUGAGGACACAUA